AUGUACCGCAUUAAGUCCUACACUUUCAACUUACACGAGGAACUUCAUCAGAAUGCCAUUGUCGUCAUCAUUGUUAUCCCCACUGGUGCCAUCGUCGCCUACUGCAAGAUGAUGCUCGACGGAAUAGAACUCGAAGAUGACGAGCAAGAUAGCUUGUUCACGAAAUUCAGUAUCGAUACGGUGUAUUCAAGCUACCUUGCGUCACGGUAUCGAGUGCGACAGUACACUCACCUUUUAAUGCUCCUGAAGCACGAGGAAGAAGCUUGGGCACAGAGAGUCAAGAGCGCAAGCCGUCUGAUGCCGGAAUACGUACCGCCCAUGGUAUGGAGUACUUAA